AUGUCGACUGCUGCUGCUAUCGCUAACGGGGGAGCGGUGGCCGCCGGAAGCACCGUGGCUGUUCUGCAGGCAAUAGAUUUGAAAGGUGCGGCUUUUCUCCAGACACUAAAGACACGAGUGGAAGACAUGGAUCCUUUGAUAUCAGUCCUGGUUAUAGGAGGAGGCGCAGCGGUAGCAGUGGUCACGGCUCCUUUUGUUCUGGGGGCCAUCGGCUUUACCUCCGGUGGGAUAGCAGUAGGCUCCUAUGCUGCGGGGAUGAUGUCGACUGCUGCUAUCGCUAACGGGGGAGCGGUGGCCGCCGGGAGCACCGUGGCUGUUCUGCAGGCAAUGGGUGCAGCUGGUUUGACGGCAGCUGCCAAUGUGGCUGUAGCCGGUGUCGGAGCAGGAGUCGGAGCAACUGUGUUAGGAGUCGGACUGGCUAACGGUAGCAGUGGUCGGGGCUCCUCUUCUUCUGGGGACCGUCGGCUUCACCUCCGCUGGGAUAGCAGCAGGCUCCAAUGCUGCGGGGAUGUCGACUGCUGCUGCCGCUAACGGGGGAGCGGUGGCCGCCGGGAGCACCGUGGCUGGUUUGCAGGCAAUAGGCACAGAGCUAGCGCCGGGAGAGGACCGGCAACCUGGACACGGAGCUGCGGAGACACCGAGCUGAGAGCGGAACACAAUAAAGUGUCUAAAACCUGCAAACCUGCCUGAGUGUGACUCCUUCCACGCCGCGGACACCCACAGACGUGUUACAGUGGAGCCCAGCAAAGGGGGAGGCGAUAUGGAUUUACACGCACAGCAGGCGGGAGUACCGUCGCAGCCGUUAGUAGCAUUGGGGCAAAUGCUGGAAAGAAUGGCGGCGAGGCAGAGCGAGGACGCGGCCAGUACCAGGCAGUUUCUGGGGGGGCUCCAGGAGCAAGCCCAGGUGCACUCAAGGGUGCUGGAGCGGUUGCUGAUGGGCCAGUCAU